AUCGAUCCUAGCCAUCAUACGAUAGCAAUUGGCGCGGCGUUGGUAGGUGUGCUCGGACUGUCAAGUGAUUACACGGUGAUACGAGCUAUUGGACGACGCGCACACUCAUAUCAUUGUAUGGCAUACCACGCUUUGCAAUGCGGGGUUGUUGCUAGCAUUGUGAUGCUUGUGACUCAGACACCGUUCGUUAUGCCUACACAGUGGUUGUGGCUUACGAUUAUUGUUCUCUGUGCAUUUCCUGCCCAGAUGUUCGCGGUAAUGGGCUUACAGCGGGAGACGGCGGGUAGGGGAACGACUGCUAUAUAUACUAAGCUUAUAUUCGUUACAAUCCUCGAGCAUAUAUUCUUCGACUUCCAUCCCACUUCUUGGACGGUGACCGGAAUGGUCAUAAUUGUGGUUUCGGCACUGUAUAUAGCGGUGUCCAAACCAGAACGCAGAAUCACACUUAUAAUCGAAACAGGCUCUAAUGAAGAAGAGGCGGAGGAGGCAGUUUAGACGAGUAGCUUGGCUCUGGAAGGCUCUACUUCGUUACUAGGCAAAAUUCCACGACAUUGUACGUAUUUCUUGACGCACUCUGCUGCGCUUUUUCUUAUCUUCGUCGUUCGGGUAUGUACUCAGGCCACCAUGUGGUGGGAAUUCCUAUACAGCUUUUGUGCGAUUGCACCACUG